GAGACCAAGGCUGCUGGGCCUGCAGGGCGGCGGCGCCGGGCUGAGAACCAAGCGGCACCGGCUGUGCCCUGGGGGCCGGCCCGAGGACAGAGCCGCUGAUCCAGCACUGCCCAGGCCGAGACCCCGCCCCCCCGGUAAGGAGCGCAGAUGGGUGCCUGGAGUCCGGCGCGCACGGCCCGCAAACGUGACCGGGCGUUUCUAGGCCCCAUAAAGCGCGGGCGGGAUGUGAAGCCGUUUUAUGGAGGCGGCCCGGCCCGCUUUGAUUCCCGCCUCGACGAGGGCGAGGGCCGACCUCCAAGCUCGUAAACGCGUUCGCCGCGCGCUCCCGCCGGGCCGGUGGGCCACGAUAUAAGGCGCCGCGCGGGCCCUGGGCUCCAGCCACCCGCCGCCGCCAGCGCCGCCGCCGCAAUCAUGUCCUGCCUCUCCUCCCGCCUUGGCGCCCCCUGCGGGGUCCGCGCCUUCAGCUGCGCCUCGGCCUGCGGGCCCCGGCCAGGCCGCUGCUGCAUCACGGCCGCCCCCUACCGCGGAGUCUCCUGCUACCGCGGCCUCACUGGGGGCUUCGGCAGCCGCAGUGUCUGCGGGGGCUUCCGCGCUGGCUCCUGUGGCCGCAGCUUCGGCUACCGCUCCGGAGGCGUGUGCGGGCCCAGCCCGCCUUGCAUCACCAGCGUGUCUGUCAAUGAGAGCCUCCUCACGCCCCUCAACCUGGAGAUCGACCCCAAUGCACAGUGCGUGAAGCACGAAGAGAAGGAGCAGAUCAAGUGCCUCAACAGCAGGUUUGCUGCCUUCAUCGACAAGGUGCGCUUCCUGGAGCAGCAGAACAAGCUGCUGGAGACCAAGUGGCAGUUCUACCAGAACCGCAAGUGCUGUGAGAGCAACCUGGAGCCCCUGUUCGAGGGCUACAUCGAGACUCUGAGGCGGGAGGCUGAGUGCGUGGAGGCCGACAGCGGGAGGCUGGCCUCGGAGCUCAACCACGUGCAGGAGGUGAUGGAGGGCUACAAGAAGAAAUACGAAGAAGAGGUGGCACUAAGGGCCACCGCUGAGAAUGAAUUUGUGGCCCUGAAGAAGGAUGUGGACUGCGCCUACCUCCGCAAGUCAGACCUGGAGGCCAACGCGGAGGCCCUGACUGAGGAGAUUGACUUCCUGCGACGCCUGUAUGAGGAGGAGAUCCGCGUUCUCCACGCCCACAUCUCAGACACCUCGGUCAUCGUCAAGAUGGACAACAGCCGGGACCUGAACAUGGACUGCAUUGUGGCCGAGAUCAAGGCUCAGUACGACGACAUCGCCAGCCGCAGCCGGGCUGAAGCCGAGUCAUGGUACCGCAGCAAGUGUGAGGAGAUGAAGGCCACAGUGAUCCGGCACGGGGAGACCCUGCGCCGCACCAAGGAGGAAAUCAACGAGCUCAACCGCAUGAUCCAGAGGCUGACGGCUGAGGUUGAGAAUGCCAAGUGCCAGAACACCAAGCUGGAGGCCGCAGUGACCCAGUCGGAACAGCAGGGUGAGACGGCUCUGAGCGAUGCCCGCUGCAAGCUGGCAGAGCUGGAGGCCGCCCUGCAGAAGGCCAAGCAGGACAUGGCCUGCCUGGUCAAGGAGUAUCAGGAGGUGAUGAACUCCAAGCUGGGCCUGGACAUCGAGAUCGCCACCUACAGGCGGCUGCUGGAGGGCGAGGAGCAGAGGUUGUGUGAGGGCAUUGGUGCUGUGAAUGUCUGUGUCAGCAGUUCCCGCGGCGGGGUCGUCUGCGGGGAUCUCUGCGUGUCCGGCUCCCGGCCUGUGACCGGCAGUGCGUGCAGCGCCUCCUGCAGUGGGAACCUGGCGGUGAGCACGGGCAUGUGCGCGCCCUGCGGACAGAGGUGCAGCCCCAGCUCCUUAGUGCGGUUCCCGUAGUGCCUCGGGCUUGGUCAACACACCGCUCUCCGAGUCAACAGUCCCUGCCUCCAGCGGUGAAGCACGCAGCAACCCAAGUCCCUGGGCUUGAAGCAGAAGGGUUUCCAGACUCAGCCGGCCUGACCUGCCCAAACUGCAGCCUUAUCUUCCUGCAUCUCCUCCGCCUUCUCGUGGUCUUCACUCGAGCUUUCUUCCGGGGAGGGCUGGGCGGGCUGCCCUCGUCCUUACCGCCAAUCCCUGAAUCUAAAUACCUGGGUUUCUCGCUGCCCCGGGCAGAGAUCCCAUCCUGACUCAGGCUUUUCUGGGGGGUCUGGCCUGGCAGAAACCUGUGGCUUCAAAGGGACAGACUGGUCCCGAUCCCCUAGGCUGUGCACGUCCGUGGGUGCUGCGUCUGUGCUGCUAUCCUGCAGACCUCUCCUGCCUUCCGAACCCUCUAACCCUCACAGUGACCGAGGCUGCAGCUCCACGGGGACACCUUUUGGUGGCUGCUCUGGCUCCCUCUCCCCUGCUCUUAGUGCUUAGUCUCCGCAGCUCCAAUAAAGCUCAUG